AUGUUGGGAUCAAUUGUUAAGUCGAAGGUUGGGAUUGAUUAUGGAAGCUAUGGAGCAUCAAUGGUGGGGAAUCUGGUGGUUGUUGAAUACUUACCGCAUAGUCAAAUAGCAGUGAUCCGAUGUGAUGCACCUGCAUGCAAAUACGUCCUGUUUACGAUUGCAACUAUAGGAGAGAUUUCUGGUCUUAAGUGUUCUAUGUCGAUUUUAUGGAUAUCUGGGAUUCUCAAGAGAGCUAUGAGGAGGAUUCUGAAGUAUGUAAAGAUGGAGAAGGAAUUGGAAAGGAGGUGA